CAUUCAUUCCCAGCCAUGAAUAACAUGAACGCAGCGUUUGGAGCGGCGAAAGCGGGCUCGGCUUUCGAUCCGAUCGGUUAUGUUAUGCGACCACAAGUUAUACUUCGAUUUAUAUGUUGGUUGUGUUCAGUGAUUGUGUUCGGGUGUAUAUCAGCGAAUGGAUGGGUGCCUAAAGAGGGCUCUAAACAGGGAUUAGAAGUUUGUUUGUAU